UAUACAUGUUUUUUGUAUAAUGAAAAGAUAAAUGUAGAUAACACUAGAUAAGGUUUUGGCUCUGUUUAUUACAUCGAAGGAGACACGGGGGAAGAAGAACAAGAACAAGGAGAAAUGUCAGGCGUGGCAACUCUUGGUCAGGCAUGCUGGGCUGCUGCCGGCGUGAAGGUGAAGAAGGCAAAGACCGCCAUUUCCCAAGCCCAAAUUCAAAACCAAAAACCCAAAUAUUUAGCUCUUCCCUUGUCAGCUAAUUGCAGCUGCAACCUCUUCUCCUUCAGCCCCAAAGCCAUCACCAAACCCUCCUCCUCCUCAUCCGUCCGUACAUCUGUCGCCGCCGUAGACUCCGACCAGCUCAGCUCCUCCGAUUCCGCCGAAAAGCAAAAGGCGAGCAGGUACUAUUUCGUUGUUGCGAAUGCCAAGUUCAUGCUGGACGAGGAGGAGCAUUUCCAGGAGCAAUUGUGUGAGCGGCUUCGCUACUAUGGAGAGCGUAACAGAGAGCAGGACUUUUGGCUUGUGAUCGAGCCUAAGUUCUUGGAUAAGUUUCCCAACAUUACUAAGAGAUUAGGAAGACCUGCUGUGGCUCUGGUUUCGACCAAUGGACCUUGGAUUACGUUUAUGAAGCUGAGACUGGACAGAGUGCUAGCAGAAAGUUUUGAAGCUGAGAGUCUAGAAGAGGCAUUGGCCUCCACUCCAACCAAUAUUGAGUUUGAGAAACCGGAGAAAUGGGUAGCACCUUAUUCCAAGUACGAAUCAGGGUGGUGGGGGCCCUUCUUGCAGCCAGGAUCGAACGAGGAGGCCAAAGUAUAAAUCACUUUUUUUCCUUCUUUUUUGCCUUGCUCUUUCAAUCUUAUCAACAUGGGUUUUGUCAUCUAUUACUAACUGGAGUGGAAAUUGAUGCAUGUAGCUAAUGAAUAGUUUUGGGAGGUUAGCACCUCAGCUAAUAAAUUUUAGUAGUUGCUAUGAA